CUGGAAUCUUUAGAGGGAAAGAUUUUAGCAGUCGAUGUAAGUAUUUGGCUGCAUCAGUACAUGAAGGGCAUGAGAGACAAGUCAGGCAAUCCGCUACCAAAUGCACAUCUCAUAGGUCUGUUUAACAGAGUAUGCAAGCUGUUGUUUUACCAGAUCAAGCCGAUAUUUGUGUUUGAUGGAGGUGUCCCCGCUCUCAAGCGCCAGACUAUGGCAGCACGUCGUCUGACAAAAGAAGUAGCAAACAGGGCUUCAAGUAAGACUUCAGAAAAAAUCUUGAAAAACUAUAUGAAGUCACAGGCGAUAAGAACCAUCAUGGCAGAAACUGGACAAGAACAGACAGCCCCAAUGCUGCCACCUACCUCCCAGAAUGCACCUGCAGAUAUUUAUGAUCUACCUCCUUUGCCAGACUCUAUAGAUGGUGAAGAUGACAUGGACUAUGAUUGGUCAGACAGACACGAGCGAUUGAAAGAAAUUGAGAAAGAAUAUCAGAACAUUGAAGCAAUAGACGUUGAGUCUGAAGAAUUCAAAGAUAUGCCACCUGAGGUCCAGCAUGAGGUUUUGAUGGAGAUAAGACAGAGAAGGAAAGAGAACUAUGAGGUUCAAGGAGAUUUACCAGAGGAUGCAAACGAUUUCUCAAGCUUUCAAAUCACCAAACUCUUAAAACAGAAUAAAUUGAGCUCUAAAAUUGAGGACUUGCGUAAAGAAAUGAAUUUGAAAUCUGUAGGUGCUGCCCCAUUGAAUUUCGACUUCGGGGAUGAAGUUGAGUCAAAUCGUGUGAUGUCAGAAGAUGCUGCACAUUAUGUUUUAAUAAAAGGAUUAAAGAAUGCUCCUCAAAGUAUUUACGACAUGGUGGAUGAAGAGGGACGGACUUUAAAUAUUAAUGUUGCCAAAGAACGUCUGCUGGAACUAAAGGCGGGAAGUUUGCCAUUUAGUGAAUAUGUGGAGAAUAAAAAGGAAACUGUUGAAAAUGAAUCACUAGAAAAAAGUGAACCUGAUAUAAUUGAAGACAUUUCCUUUGAAGAGACUGAGACUGGUUAUGAAAAAAGUACAAAAUCGGGACUGACUCCAUGGAAAGUGAAAAAAUCAAAACCGAUCAAACAAAAUGAAAUUUCAGCAACUAAUGAUGUGCAAACCUUGAACUCUACAUUGAAUACUUAUAAUACUGAAAAUAAAGAAAUAACGAAAAAUGUGAUAACCAUUGAUGAUGAUGAAAUCAAUGAAAAUGCCAAUAGAGUAGAAACAUUGAAAGAAGAAAAUAUGGAAAUGGAUUUUUCAACUGCAGGUGGCUUUAUACCGGAAAGUGAUAGUGAACAUGAAGACAAUAUGAGUGGAGGUUUCAUAAAUGAUACGGACAAUGAACCUAACGAAAUAACAAAUGAUGUAAAUGCUGAAGCUCAAAACAAUAUCGACUCAGCUCAAGAAAAAUCCAAUAAAACUCCAAUAAAAGCAGAUGCAAAUGAUGCAGCAACUCAAGCACGGUUAGACAUACUGUCCGCCUUGAAAAAACAGGUUGAGACUCUAAAAGCUGGAAACAUUGAAACCAAAUUUGACGAACCACUGGAUAAUGCUGAGUGUAAAGCUGAGGAAAAUCUACCAAUUAGCAGAAGUAGCCCUCAAUAUAUUCAACUUGAACUUCCCGAUGAGGAAUCAAACUCCUACGAUGCUAACAAUAAAGACAACCCUAAAGUCAAACAGGAAACAGUUGAAAUUGAUGAUGUUAGGUCUGCCAAAUCACACAUUGAGCAAAGAAAUGAUGCAAGAGUUGGAAAUCCUGAAAGAAAUGAUUUUAUACAACUGGAUAUUCCGGAUGCUGAUAUACAUGACUAUGUCCAAAACAUACCCAAGUAUGGUAUUGAUAUUGAGAACCAAUCAGAGAUGUUGAUUGGCCAAGACUCUAAAACUGACUCAGUCCAUCCCAAUGACACUGCAACGCCAACCAGUUCUCAGUCAGUUAUAAAAACUACUUCUAAUGAUGACAGAAAGAGGGCCCUGACAGAUGAUGAAAGUGCUGGAAAUCUGCCCAAAAGGUCAAAGAUGCCCAAUUCAACUGACUCAAGUUCUGACACAGAAAAAUCCAUGGUUAUAAAUAUUGAUUUGGGAACUUCAUCUCAGCCAGAUGUGGAUCUAUUUCCUGUGAGCCUCUUCACUACCUCAGAGCCUCAUCACACAGAGGAGAAAAGUAGUUCUCUGAAGGAUAUUACUCCACUGCAGGGAAUCACAAAUGAAGAUCUUGGGGAGAUGGCAAAUGAUCUUUACCUUGAAAAUAUUGACCUGGAAAAAAAGCGGAGCGAUCAGGAGAGAGUGGCGACAUCUAUUACUGACCAAAUGCACCAGGAGGCACAGGAUUUGUUACAAUUAUUCGGUCUCCCAUUUAUCGUAAGUCCAAUGGAGGCAGAAGCCCAGUGUGCAUAUCUCGAUCUAACUGGCCAAUCAAAUGGCUCAAUUACAGAUGACAGUGACAUCUGGUUGUUUGGAGCUAAACAUGUCUACAAGAACUUUUUCAACCAGAAUCGUCAUGUUGAACUCUAUAGAGGUGUAGACAUUCGUUCACAGCUGGCUCUGACUAGAGAAGACAUGAUAUCUAUAGCUCUUUUAUGUGGUAGUGACUACACCCCAGGUUUACAAGGAGUAGGAGCUGUUACAGCUAUGGAAAUACUUGCAGAGUUUAAGAUGUUAACAAAUGAGGGGGGAGAUGUCUUGCGUAAUUUCAAGGACUGGUGGACAGAGGCACAAACACAACUUAGAACACCCUUAGAAUCCAAGAUUCGCAGCAAACUGAGACGUUUGACUGUUACACCAGGUUUCCCAAGUGAUGCUGUAAGAGAGGCUUAUAUAGCACCUACAGUGGAUGAUUCCAAAGAGAAAUUCACCUGGGAUACCCCUGACCUUGACCUUCUCAGACAAUAUGCAAAAGAUAAGUUCAGGUGGCCCAAGGGCAAGGUGGACGAAAUGCUUCUUCCAGUUAUACAGAAACUAAAUGAGAAACAGACCCAGAAACGAAUCAACUCCUACUUCCAACCAGGCACAAUAGCUAGCAUCGGAAUUCCACAAAAACUGCAUAGCAAACGAAUAAAACAAGUUCUUCAUAAACUACAUGGGGAUUUCCAGCCAUCCCCUGAGACAAAUCAUGAUGAAGAACAAAGCAAAAAAUCAGCUCCAAAAAAGGCGGGAAAAACUCAAAAGAAGCAGACGACUAAAAGGAAAGCGCCAUCUAAAACAAGGAAUCCAAAGAAACCAAGGGUUGAAAAUCAGGGACGGAUUGUUGAGCGUAGUAAUUUGUCAGAAAGUAGUUCUGAAAGUGAGACUGAAACCACUGAUAAGUCUGACAAAGCUAAGGAACCUUCAAUUUAUGUUGACGAUGAUGAUAAUGAAGACCAAGAUGAGGGUCAAAGGUCAAACAAUGAAGCCUGCACUGAGAACACAUCACGUUGGGAUUAUUUCAAAGAUAUGAAUCUUCGUAAGCCUAACUACAAACCGCCAAGAAACCAGAAAAAACAUAGAGUGGUAAAAUCAACUUUAGGACGUAUUGAUUUUGAGAAAAUCUCCCAAGAGGAAAAUGAAGAUAGAAAACAGAAAGCUGCAGAGAUUUUGAAAAAAACUCGAACAGAUAAAAAUUUGAGAGAUAAAUCUUCAUUUAAAGAAGAUGGUAUAACUAAAGCUGAAAGUAUAAUUAAAAACAAACUUAAAAACAAAAAGAGGAAAUAAGACUAGCUUUUUGAAUGAAUGAAAUUAUUUUGUAUGCAUGAAAUAAUAACUACUUGAUGCCUUGGGGCCAUGAUUCAAUACACUGAGAAAAUAUUUAUAUGAAAUAAAUCUAUUUGUGAUAAUAUAAAUAAUUCAGAUUACAUUUUGAAAGUUAUAUGAUUAACAGACCCCAACCAAACGGAAUGACUAUCAUAGUCUCUUAAAACCUGCCCAUCUCUUUCGUUUCAUCAUCACAAUAGGUCAGAUGAUGAAAAAUGUAAAUGAGUCA